AUAAAUUCAAAAAUCAUCAGAAUAAUUCACAAAUCAUCGUAAAAAAAUUCAAAAAAAAUUUAAAAACUCAUUUUAAAAUCUUAAAAAAAAUAAUAAUAAAAUUCAAAAUUUUGGUACCACAGCAAAGUACCCAAAACCGAGCAAAUAUCCACAAAACAGUGAACAAUACACAAAAAAAAGUGAACCGAACAGAACCAUAAAGUGUAAUAAAAUGCAUAAACAUUCAAUAGUGUGUAAUUUUUUGGCAUGACAUUUAUGAUCAUAUAAACACAUUUUAAAAGGCAGUGAAAUAAAUUUUCAAUCUUGAGGAAAGGAAGGAAGAACUUUAAUCAUAAAAAAAUAAAUUAAUAAUUAUGCUAAAAUUUAUUGAGUUGGAGUGAAAAAAUAAUUGUGGAACUGAAUUGAAAUAAAAAAAAAUUGAACUCUUUAAAAUAAAUCACAAAUAAAAAAAAUUAAAAAUGAAUUCAUAUUUCGAGCAAUCAGGCUUUUACGGCCAUCCCCAUCAAGCAGCAGCUGGCAUGAUGUCAGCUUCAUCAGGCCAUGAUCAAACAUCAGCAGCCGCAGCUGCAGCAUACAGAGGAUUUCCAUUAUCACUUGGAAUGUCACCAUAUGCUAAUCAUCACUUACAUCAAACGCGUACAGCUCAGGACUCGCCAUACGAUGCCAGCAUUACAGCAGCAUGUAAACAAAUUUACGAUGGCGCCUACAAUAAAGAUUGUUCAAAGUCAGUCACAGCGACUGCGAAUGGUACAACAGCUAAUAGUGGCUCAGCGAGUGCUGGAAAUAAUGCCACAACAGAUACAAAUGGCUAUAAGGAUGUUUGGAAUUCCUCUGGCAAUAAUGGAUCGCAAAAUUCAGCACCUGUACGUCCAUCAGCCUGCACACCAGACUCACGUGUUGGUGGUUAUAUUGAUGCAUCAGGUGGAAGUCCAGUAAGUCGUACCGGAUCAUCAGCAACUGGCGGAGCAUGGAACACAAAUUGUUCGAUUGGUACAACCGGCACUCAAUCAACAGCAUCAGCAAGUUUACAUCAGAAUCACACAUUUUAUCCCUGGAUGGCUAUUGCAGGUAAGAGAUAUUCGGAAUCUCUUGCGGGAACGCUGUUACCAGACUGGAUAGGUGCAAAUGGAUUAAGAAGACGAGGCCGCCAAACAUACACACGAUACCAAACGCUUGAGCUUGAGAAAGAGUUCCACACAAAUCACUAUCUCACUCGACGACGCCGAAUAGAGAUGGCCCAUGCACUUUGUCUUACCGAGCGGCAAAUAAAAAUUUGGUUCCAAAAUCGACGAAUGAAAUUAAAAAAGGAGAUACAGGCCAUCAAAGAGUUGAACGAGCAGGAAAAGCAAGCACAAGCACAAAAGGCCGCAUUAGUUGCGCAAGGUCAUUCGAUAGAGGGAACUUAGUUAUUCUACAACUAAUAGUCUUAAAUUUUAAAUUUUUAUAAUAAUAAUAAUUAAUGAUAAUGAAAAAGAAAAAUAAGUAAAAGUAAUAAUAAUAAUUAUAAUAUUAAUAUUAAUGAAUGAAUGAAAUAAAUUAAAUUUGUAAAAACAAAAAUGCAACAAAAAAUAUUGAAAAAAAAUUAUUAAGGAUAAAGGUUAGAGGAAAUGAUAGUGGAAUAUUUUCGAAGGUGUGUUGUUUUGGGGGUCAGGAGGUGGUACUCUUGACUAUAGUUAUCCUGAGAUAUCAUCCAGGUUGGAAGGCUCUAGACCCUAAUUUAAUUAUAUUUUCAAUUUGCGCCCCAUGAUAGGGGCACCAAGUUGAAUUAAGGAGGUCAUCUUAGUAAUUUAAAAAUUUUAUCACAAAUUUAAUUUUUUUAAAAUUACAAAAUUAAUUUUAAAAUUUUUUUGGCUAUUUUGGUGUAAUCCACACCAAAUCUAUUCAUCAAACAAUCACCAUACCCCUUCCAUCCAUCAAAUCUCUCAACAAAAAAAUCCAAAACAAAGACCUCAAAAUUAAAUUAUUCUCUCAAAAUAAAAAAUAUAUAAAAAAUCUCUCGACAUUCCUCUUAUUUUAAAUAAAAUGAAUGAUGAGAUUAAGAGAUGAAAAGGUUGAAGAAAAGAAAAUUGCCGAUGAAUAUGAAAUAAUAAAAAAAAACAGGUUGAGGAUUUAUACCCAAUAUACCGUAACAAAAAAACAGAAGUUUAACGAAUUUAUUUAUCAGACAUUUCAUUUUAGUAAUAUCGGCGUGAAAAUAAAUUGGAUUUUAUGGAUCGUGAUGGAUUUUUGAUGAGAUUUCUUGGUAAUGAGGAAGUUGAUUUUGAAUUGAAGGGUUUUGGAAGAGUAUUGUAGGUUUGAUUUGAUCUUUUAUCGAGGAUCGAGUUCAAUAAAGAGAUUAGAAGCUGUAUUAGACGCAAUUAGGUGUGAAAUAGCACACUGUUGGCUAUCUUUAGUAACUUUAUUAGGGUAUUGGGUGUCUGGUGUGUCUCUAAUGCUCAACCGAUGACUCAAAUUGAGUUUACUCAAUUUUAAACCACAUUUAAUG